AAAAAUAUUAAUUAAAAAAAUUUUUUAUAACUUGUAAAUUUUAAUUUAUUUGUUAAAAAAAUUAAUUCAUAAUUUUUUAUUAUGAUUCAUAAAAUAAAAAUGAUGAAAAAAUUAAUUUAUUAUCAAAUAAAUAUAAAACUCUUUAUUCAUUUGAUUACAGAUAAAUUCCAUGAGCAGAAAUUUUGCGAUACUGACAUUAAAAUACGAAAGAUUGAAUAGAAAUAUUAACAACAUUAAUUUACGACAGUAUACAACUCCAAUAAUACGACAAAAAUCAAUAAAUAUUAAAGAAUUACCAAGUACAAAUACAAUUGCAGAUAAUAAUAAAAUUGAUGAUGAUGAAAAUGAUAAUAUAACAAAACAAAGAUUCGUAAGAUCAAUAGAAAUGUUAAAUGAAUACAAUGGGACUGAUAAAAUGCCAAUGAUUAUUGAUAAAAAUCAAAAUGAUACGGAUUUAUGGAGUGAUUCACGUGCAGGAAGAUCCCGUAGGGAUGACGGACGAGGUAAACAGCGAAGAAAGUUCAAAAGGAGGCUAAAACGCAGUCGCAGGCGAUUGGGACCACUGGUGGCAACAUUCGUUGGUGCUGUACCUGAGCAACACGUUACUGAUACAGUUUACAUUGGCCCUUGGGUUAAGCGGAAUGAAUCGCGUUAUGGAUUUAACAAAUUUCAUUUGGUUGAAGAUAAACGGUCUAUUGAAGUCACAGUUAAUGGAUUAUUUAUGAUUUCAGCUCAGAUUUAUUAUUACGGCGAGCCAUCACAUUAUUCAUAUUGGAUAUUACUAACUUCUGAAGGCACAUCAUUGACAAGGAAAAUAAUAAAAUGUGCGACAGUAUCAGCAGUUACAGCAACUGAAGCAUCUUGUUAUACCAGCGUUAUUCUUCCUUUACGGCGUGGUGAUAGACUGCAUAUACAACAACAAGAACGUGACAGGCUCAUUAAUUUACGAGAAGGACAUAGUUAUAUACAAUUGAUGUUACUGUCAAGUGAUCAGCAGAAACGACGAGCAAGUACUUAA